AUGUCUUCCCAAAUCCCCCAAUAUUUAUUCGCCCUGCAAUCCCUGCCCCUCCUCGGCAGCGGACUCUACACCCUCCUUUUUCCCGCUUCCGCUGCGCAAUCACCAUACCUGCCGCUACGGGGCGUCAGCGUAGGGACUAUUCAGGCGAUGAGUCUUUCCUCCUUGACACUGGGUACUUUCUAUGCUCUCGUCGCCUAUCAGAAUAACAUCCCGCUGAUGGCGGCUACGGUACCGACCAGGCUUUUGGCUGCGGUGGUGUUUUAUCGGACGGGUGAGGAGGCGUGGAAACGAGUCGCGCCUUUUGAGGCGGUGAUGGGGGUUGUGACUGGUUUGGGGGUUUGGAUGUGGGGGUAG